AUGAAGAUUUUAGCAGUACUGUGGGCGGUAUGUAUAGUGGGACUCUGUCAUGGUGGAGAUGGUGAUGGUAAAGGAGUGUUAGAUGGAGCAGUAUGUAGCCAACAGCCUACCCCUACAUCUGCUCAACCUAAUACACGGGAUGUUUCCACAGAGGACAAUGUAGCUAAUCCUCAACCUACUGUAGUUCCUCCUAGUCAGUCUACUGUUGAAUCUCCAAAGUCAACCACUCCCAUUACUUUAGAUCUCGCCAAUCCAGAUGACUCCAAAGUGAAUGUGAAUACAAGAAAUCAUCAGGGCUUGGAACAUACUACAUACACUCCAAAGCGUGGCUCCAAAAUAACCUCUGUUGUUGAGAAUGGAGCUACUCUCUGGGCUGCCAAGGAAGAUGAUGAAGAGUCUGAAUUCGUGUCAUUAUUUGAAAAGGAAGAUUGCACUAUCAUAAACGUAAUUGUAAGUGAUAGCGAUAACGAUAAGUCAAUGCAUUUUGAAAAGGCUGAUGGGAAGUGGAGUGAGGUUGGCAUGAAACUAUUUUUAAAGAAGUUUGAGGAGGUGAUUGGGGGAUUUGAAGAUGAUCCAGAAGCGGCCAAGAAGGGACAGGGACAAGCACAGGUUUAG